GCUUUUUUCCGGAAAUUCCCACUUUGACCUAAAAGUUUGAAAUAGUUUUCUCUUCCUUAGUUCCUGUGUCGAAUGAUAAAGAGAAAUCGUUUUUGAAAUGGAUAGGUUGCUACGCUUAAGCGGUGGUAUGCCAGGCUUAGGCCAGGGUGCACCACCAACAGAUGCUCCAACAGUAGAUACAGCAGAGCAAGUUUACAUUUCCUCACUUGCACUACUAAAGAUGCUGAAGCAUGGUCGAGCUGGAGUACCCAUGGAAGUGAUGGGGCUGAUGUUGGGCGAGUUUGUAGAUGAUUAUACAGUUCGAGUGAUUGAUGUUUUUGCUAUGCCACAAUCAGGAACAGGAGUGAGUGUUGAAGCUGUGGAUCCAGUAUUUCAAGCAAAAAUGUUGGAUAUGUUGAAGCAGACUGGCCGACCAGAAAUGGUUGUUGGUUGGUACCAUUCACAUCCUGGCUUUGGUUGCUGGUUAUCAGGGGUGGACAUAAAUACACAGCAAAGUUUUGAGGCUUUAUCUGAGAGAGCUGUGGCUGUUGUAGUGGACCCAAUCCAAAGUGUAAAGGGGAAAGUUGUAAUUGAUGCUUUCCGACUGAUAAAUCCCAAUAUGAUGGUUUUGGGUCAAGAACCAAGACAAACAACAUCCAACCUUGGACAUUUGCAGAAGCCCUCAAUACAGGCUUUGAUCCAUGGAUUAAACCGACAUUACUACUCCAUAGCCAUCAAUUACAGAAAAAAUGAAUUAGAACAAAAGAUGUUGCUGAAUCUCCAUAAGAAAAGUUGGGUUGAUGGUUUAUCUUUGGAAGAUUACAAGACACAUUGCACCAAUAAUGAGAAGACUGUGAAAGAAAUGUUAGAGCUUGCCAAAAAUUAUCACAAGGCACUAGAGGAAGAGGAAACAAUGACCCAAGAGCAACUGGCAAUAAAGAAUGUGGGAAAACUGGAUCCAAAGCGUCACCUUGAGGAACAUGUCGAUGUGUUGAUGACAACAAAUAUUGUUCAGUGCUUAGGUGCAAUGCUUCAUACAGUAGUUUUCAAGUGAACAGACUGAAAUUAGCAGCUUGUUUGUGCAAGAGUACAUGCUUACAUUGUACAUAUAUAAGAAUGACCAUUUCUACAAUAAAAGGACAAUAUAAAUACAGCUUUACAUCCUCUCCUCAAAUUUUACACCUUGGGAUCCAAUAUUCACCAUCAAGAACUCAAGAGGCUGUCAAUGAGAAAACUGUAAAAGACCAAAAUGAUCACUGUUACAGUGUAUUUUUAAGAAAAAAUGCAUAUUCAUGUAUAAAAUGUGCCUUCAGAACCAGAAUGGGUUUUAACAACCACAUACACAUUAAAGGUACUGUAUUGAC